UUGACACCCACCGCCCGCUCCCCGGCAACAAACUCCCCUCGUGCCCUGCUUUUUAUACGGCGCGCCGCCGUGCUGGGGCUCCGUCUUGCACAGUACGUCGCCGGCAAUGGCGGCGGCGACGGCGUGGGUGCGCUCGCUCAGCUGCAAGUACUCCACCGCCGUCGCCGACGACGCGUACAGCCCGCUGCUGCCCCCGCCCAAGAAGCACCCGCCGGCGCCGACGGUCAAGGGUGCUGCCUCCGUCGCGUUGCGGCCGCCGGAGAGGGGCCGGGAGAGCCGGAGGUCCAGGUCCAUGUCCUGCGAGCGGGACCGGCCUGCUGCUGCUACUGCUAGGAAGACCAAGAAGAAGAAGGAGGCGGACGCCACGUCCGAGCUCGCGAGGAAGGAGAAGCCCAGGCAGCGGCAGGCGCAGCUCGCGGCGUCGCUGGAGCGGCCUAGCUCGGCGCUCCUGGAGAUGACGGAGCUGCCGGAGGGCCACCCGUCGCGGCGCGUGGUGGAGCUCAUCUUCGCGUCGGGGUGGGCGCGCGCGGCCGACGGAGCCGCGGAGGUGGAUGCGCUGUUCCGGGUGCACGGCACGGCGCGCGCGGCGGCGCGCUUCGAAGCCGCGCGCGCCGCGGCCCGGGCGCGGGGCGAGGCCGCGGGCGAGGCGCGCUGCGCCGCCGACGGCAACGAGGUGAUGCGGUUCCAGUGCCGCCCCGCCGCGGAGGCCGGGGGCGGCAGCGAGGUGAUCUGCGCCGCCGUGGCCACGUGCCACAAAGCCGGCGCGGCCAGGGCCGUGCGCACGUUCUCCGGCAGCGGCGCGGCGGACGCGGGCGCCGGGGGAGAAGGCCGCGAGGGCCGCAGGGGCAUGCUGGUGUGCCGCGUCAUCGCCGGCCGCGUCCGUCGCGCCUCCGCCGACGAGCACCCCGGCGAGUACGACUCGGUGGAGGCGGAGGAUGGCGAGCUGGUGGUGCUGGACCGGCGCGCCGUGCUCCCCUGCUUCCUCGUGGUGUACACGGUCAAGCCUCCCCCGGAGCUCUCCACCUCCUCCAGCGGCCGCUCCCGCUGACCCGACCGACGCCGGCCAUGCACGGAUCCCUGCGCCGAUCACCACCACUCCACUCGCUAAUCCGCUAACUGUUAGCUAGAUAGGCUUGGAUCGAUGUUCCUUCCCCCAUUGAUCGACGCAAGGUGUGCAUGCGAGACUGUAAAAAAACUCGAUUGUUUUUCACCCCCACGAUUGUUGACCGAAAUUGUACCAUACUACUACGUACAUAAAAAAUGCAGCUACUUGUUGAGUUCACUA